GCCGCAACCACUGCUCAAAGCUAUAUAAAGAAGCAAAAAGAACUUUACGGUAUGUGUUAAUAAUCUCAAUGCUAACCUCAAUGAUUCGAUAGAUAGUACUGGAAAACUUACAACCUAAAGUGACAAGACGCACUAGUCACCACGAUGGCCGACAAGAGUGAGCAGACCAAGGGCACCAUGGUUCACGAUGACGAACACUUUUCAUCGGCGGCUGACGCCGCCAGCCAAGUCGACCAAAAGCCUAUUGAAGAUAUGAUUGAAGCUACAGACAACCCAGAUGGUAUUAGGCGUAUUGAAAAUAUCACUCGAAGCUGGAAUCGCCGGGCGCUUGCCGGUGCAUAUCUGACGUUUUGGGGAGCCUACCUGCUCUUCAACUUUCAGAGAGCAUUUGCCAGCAAUGUUGGACCAUAUGUUGUUAGCAGCUUUGGAAACCAUUCUCUUUUGCCAACGAUCAGCCUGGUCUCAUACAUCAUGACUGGUGUUAUGUAUUUACCAAUGGCCAAGAUAAUCAACAUAUAUGGUCGAGCGGAGAGUCAUAUUGCGAUGGCUGUUAUCAGCGGCAUUGGCCUGAUUCUAUUGACUGCUUGCCAAAACAUUGAAACGUACGCAGCUGGAAUUGUCUUGACAGAAGUUGGGUUCAAUGGUCUUAUCUAUGCUGUUGACAUCAUCACGGCCGAUACAUCGAUGCUGAAAAGUCGAGCGCUCGCAUACGCAUUCACCAUGUCAUCGUCAAUCAUCACAGCAUUUGGUGGCCCAUCGGCGGCACAGUCCCUCCUACCCAAAGAAGAGCACCCUGAUUCAACUUCUCGGCUUAAUCCGAUAUGGCGAUGGUCAUUUGGAUCGUUGGCCUUGUCUCUUCCAAUUGUUGUUGCGCCACUAUACAUUAUUCUUUUCUGGUAUGAACGACGCGCCGCUCAGCAACACCAUGUUCCGCAGCGACCGACGGAAACACAAGAGCCAUCAGGCCCCCUACAGCGCUUCUUGAACGCACUGGUGAGAUUUGAUGUCCUCGGUAUCGUUGUGCUUGCCACGGGUCAAGUCCUCUUCCUUCUUCCCUUUUCCCUUGCAGCAUCCGCUGAGCGCCAAUGGGCCUCUGGUCACAUCAUCGCAAUGAUCGUACUCGGUGUUGUACUCCUAGCAGCCUUUCCGUUCGUGGAAAAGCGCAUAUCUCCACAUCCAUUUAUUCCUUGGAGGCUCCUCACAGACCGUACUCUUUUAAUCGUUUACGCGAUCUGCGCGCUAUUCCUCUUUUCAAACAGCGCCUACCAGAGCUAUUUCGUCUCUUACCUACAGGUAGUUUACGAUUUACCAAUCUCACACGCUGGCUACAUUGACGGGAUAUCCAGCGUUGUUUCUGGCAUCUGGAAGCUUAUCAUUGGCUUCUUUAUCCGAGGCACAGGUUCCUUCAAGUGGUUGUUGGUGACGGCGUUGGCUGUCCAUGCUUUGUUUCUUGGGCUACUUAUUUACUUUCGUCACACAGGGACAGCUGCGGGCCUACUGGUUAUGUGCCAGAUCAUUCUUGGUAUUGCGAGUGGUACAAUUGUCAUAUGCAUGAAUGUCGGCAUCGUUGCCACGGUUGAACAUGCAGACAUUGCAGUAACUGUUGCGCUUCUAGGCGUUUGCAGCUACCUGGGCGGCGCUGUCGGUGCCGCUGUGUCAGGUGCUAUCUGGACCAGCACUCUUCCCAAUAAGCUGUUACAGUUCUUACCUGAUGCAGAUAAAGGCGAUGUAGAAAUGAUUUACAGCAGCCUGCAACAGCAAUUGAGCUAUGCGCCUGGCAGCCCAACACGGGUUGCGAUUGCUGACGCGUAUGCGGCGACACAAACAUGGAUGCUAACUGGGGGAACUUUGGUAGCGGGCGUCGCGUUGAUCCUGGCGGUGUUGAUGAAAGAUAUUAAGCUAUCGGCGAGAGAACAGGUUGUCGGUGUUGCCUUGUAAAGAAAUUAGAUGACCAUUUGCUAGUCACUAAUAAUUUUUCAACACCAACACAGACAGAAAUCAAUAAUCAACAAAUGGGUUAUCGUCCCUCGGAGUACGGGCAAUCAUCACACUAGCUGACUAGAUGUUCCUUGACUCUGUACACCAGCCGCACUCAACACCUUAUAAUAAUUCCAGUUAUUUUAGAUUAUCCUUUAGUAAUAAGAGUGAAGCUUCACUGU